AAAAACACAGUAACAUCAUUACUAUAGGUAGAGGCACGCAGAUACGACACGAAUCAGUUGGAUAGAAUCGACCGGACUGCUUGCAACAAGUACUUACACGUGAUUUCAGACAUUGGCUUUAAGUCGAAAGUCGAUUUAUUUGCACGCACCCUCGUCGUUUGGUAGUACUCACCCGUAUCGCAGCAGCCAAAUUAAAUUGUGGAUUUAACGCGCUGCCAUUUUCUUGUCUAGAGAAGAAACUCAAAAGCCGAUUUGUAACAGUCCAGCGCAAAAAUCUGCAAACACAAUCUAAGCAAUGGCAAGUGCUAAUAAGAUAAUGGAAAAUUGUAAUUCUUGUCAAAACAAUACAAGUCCUUCGCUGUCCGAAGUACAAUCUUUCUAUAAUGGCACUACGGUUUUCCUGACAGGCGCGACUGGAUUCGUGGGCAUUUUAAUUUUGGAAAAAUUAAUAAGAACAUGUUCUGGCAUAAAAAGGAUAUAUAUUUUGAUCAGAGAGAAAAAAGGCAAAACGACAGAAGAACGGUUCAAAGAUCUGUUCGACAAUCCGGUGUUCGAAGUUAUGAAAAAAGAAACUCCCGAUUACUUGGAAAAAGUAACGGCGGUGAUCGGUGAUUGCGUACAACCGAACUUGGGACUAAGCGAACAGGACAGAGUAAUGCUUCAAAACGAAGUUAACAUAGUGAUCCAUUCGGCAGCAACCGUUCGGUUUGACGAACACAUGAAGAGAGCCGUGAAAAUCAACAUUGUAGCACUACAAGACCUUCUGAAGAUCUCACAUGAAAUCAAAUGCUUAAAAGCUUUUGUUCACAUAUCGACCGCUUAUUGUAACUGCGCUGGCAGGACGGCCGUAGACGAGAUCUUCUAUGAUCUACCAAUAUCCGGAGAUGACCUUAUGAAAGUGAUGGAUUCUCUCAGCGACGACUACAUCGAUAAAGUCACGCCUAAAAUCCUGGACAAAUGGCCCAACACGUACGCGUUCACCAAGGCUAUCGGCGAAGGUGAGAUUUUGAAAUAUGGCAAAGGACUGCCUUUGGGAGUCGUCAGACCUUCUAUGAUCAUAGCCACUGCCAACGAGCCUGUCCGUGGGUGGAUAAACAACGUUUACGGGCCAACCGGGGUCGUUGCCGCCGUCGGUGUGGGUCUCUUGAGGACCAUGUGCGCCGAUCCGAACACCUAUGCCGACUGUGUGCCAGGCGACUUUGUUAGCAACGCGGUAAUCGUCAGUGCAUGGGACAUUAACAAUAAAUGGAAAUCGCACAAAAACACCAACUCGUGGGAAGUCGAAAGCGCAGGGGACAAGACAUUUUCGACACCAAUUUACAACUGCGUGUCGACCACAACGAAUCCUUUCACUUGGGGAGAGUUUGCGACAUUUAACCAACGCCAUGGACUCGAAGUACCGUCCACCCAGAUUAUCUGGCCGUACAUGUUGAAACUGACAGGAUCUAAGACCGAAUACGCCGUACUAAGCUUCUUGGGCCACACCGUACCGGCUCACGUCGUCGACUCAUUAGCCAAACUAAUGGGAAAACCCCCCAGGUUGGUGGACGCUUAUAAAAAAAUACACAAAUUCGUCGACGUCAUCUCGUUCUUUAGCCUCAAGUCGUGGACAUUUUACGACACAAACACUAGAAAUCUGAUCAGUGCGAUGUCCGACCAAGACAAAACACUGUUUGACUUUGACGUGGCCAAGAUAGACUGGGACGACUAUUUUAAGUACCAUAUUAGAGGUAUUAGGUGCUUCAUAUUCAAAGACCCGUUGGACACCGUACCGGAAGGGACAGUCCAUUACAGAAAGAUGCUUACCAUUUACUAUACACUGUUCGCCUUUCUCUGGGCUAUUCUACUGUUGAUAAUAUACGGAGUGUUCUUGUUGUUUCAAUGACCGUCUCAAAUAAAAUCCCAACGCUCUCAAUUUGAUCAGCUAUAUCGUUAGGUUUACGUUUAGCUGUUGUGAAUUUAUAAUAGAUUGCUGUAAUAAAAUCGUCAAUACAACAUCUCAACAGUGCAAUAAUGGUUAUAAAAACAAAACAACACAGUAGUCGAUCAACAGCGAUACAUACAAUAUUGCUCAAUCACAAUGUCUGUUAGAAUAUUUUAAUUAUGAAAAAUAUACAGUAUACAGUUAUGUUAACAAUUAUACUAUUGUUGUU